AUGCUUACCCAAUCCGUCAUCGACGUCCUGCCGGAGCACAUGAAAAUGCUGGCAGAUAUUCUGGCGAAACAUCUACCAGAUCGAGAAGUAUGGGCCUACGGCUCCCGCGUAAAUGGACGGGCCCGCAGGUAUUCCGACCUCGACUUGGUGAUCAUCGGGAAUGAACCCCUUAGCGAAAUUACCAGGUUCCUGUUGAAGGAAGAUCUGUCCGAAUCAAGGCUGCCGUUCAUCGUACAGGUGAAAGACUGGCAGCUCAUUCCCCCGGAAUUCCGCGACGAAAUCUGCCGCUGCUACGCUGUUCUCCAUUCACCAUCGUACUCUGCGGCAGCCUCUGCCGCCGGCGCAGAUCACCCCAACUAA